UGCAUCUGCAAUUGUGUAGGUGCAUUUAAAAUUCUUAAUUACAAGUAGCAUUUAGUUUCCAAAAUAUAGCUGUAUGAGAAAACGGCAUAUGGUGACGAAUAUUGAGUUAUUUAUAAUGAACGCUUAUUGAUAUGAAGCUCAUCCGAAUUUUUAAAUUCCCGAGCGUAGCCAAAAACAAGUUAGAUAGUUAAGUAGUUAACAACUGAUUGAACGCAAUGCCAUGUUUAAAGAUUCUCAUUUUCUUGAGCCUGACUGGAUUAACGCUUGAAGCAUCAACAAAAAUAAAAUUCUACAAACCACAGAAUAUAACAUCUAUAUCAGGAGAACUACAGGCGGAAUACACUGUAGAUUCUAUGAUGGAGUGUUUGUCGCUCUGUUUAAAGCCCCAUGGCAGCACGUGCGAUGUGGCGCGGUUUCGGAAAGAUUUGGGGGCAUGUGAACUGAUGCAAUCGAUGGAAACAGGGGAUCGUACUUGGACUUUGUCCGACUUCAGUUGGAAAAUAGUGAUGCGGAAGAUCACCGAGUGCCCUUCCGGCUGGCUGAAGGAGCGCACAUCGUGUUACUUGCUGAACCAGACCGGGAUGACGUGGCCAGAGGCACAGGCGAGCUGCCAAAGCCAGGGGGCGUACCUAGCGUCCAUUGGGGACGAGCAAGAGAAGGACCUGGCCGCCACCCUACAGGCGGCGCACUCCAUAUCGUACCUGUUCCUAGGCGGCUCGUGGGACGGUGAGGCUUGGCACUGGGACAGCGGGGAACCGUUUGUCUACACAGCAUGGCGGAGCGGCGAGCCGGGCGGACAGCCGUACUUGAUGAGCACAACCAGCGGCUGGGGAGACGUUAAAAGCUUCAACUCGUUUCCUUCGCUUUGCGAGAAGUAACUUACUUACGUGCAAGACCGUAUUUCAUUUCAACGAGUAACACAAAAAGCAAUAUUUUCACGAGUUGAAGUAAAAUUUUCUUUGAUCAUGUUUUGACUUACAAUAUGUAUUUCUUGUUUGCUUGAUUUAAGAGAAAUGUUAAUUUCAUUGGCUAUAAUUGGUAAAAGGGUGAUAAACUUA